GAGCCCCGGAGCUGAGGAAACAGGAGUUACAAUACUUGCCUUCCUUUACAACACAUCAAGGCAGCAGCAGCUUCAUCUCAAAGGGGAUGAAUCAUCAGUAUACCCGUCGGGAGGUCUUCUGCCGGAACACCUGCCAUGAUCUCAAGCGUUUCUGGGAAAGGGAAAUUGGCAAACAGACUUACUACCGAGAAUCAGAGGAGCAUCGUCUGGGAAGAAGCGCGUUGAGGAAGCUCAGAGAAGAAUGGAAGCAGAAGCUGGAAACAAAGCUGAGGCUGCGGAACAAUCCAGAGGAUGCAGAGAAGCGGACAAACGUUGGCUAAGAGCUUCCUGCUUCAUUAACACAAGAAGACGCAAAACGCUGAGGUCACUUUGCUAGAAGUCACUGCAAAUCCCUGAGUCCCUCUGCUACACCAGUCAGAUCUCACACCAUUGCUUCCCCGCCUGGGAGAGGAUUUGCUUGUAAAAUCCUUUCCCAGAGCUUAUGGCAGCUACUGGCCAAGUCAGUCCUCUGUGCAUGGGCGCCGGGUUAUUAUCCCAAAUGUCUCUGAAGAUAGCUUAUUUAACAGCAAAGUUCUAUGUAGCAUUCCUUAUUUCUACACAAUUAUCUUCUAAUUUUGAAAUCCAAAUAUUUUAAACUCUAAACACACCAAGGGGAAUCCUCAAUCUUCAAGGUCAAACUUUAAACACUGCACGGUAGUAUUGCCCCACCGUUUCACCUAGGAAACACAGUUUUAGGGAAUUCUUGUCUUCUUUUUAAGAGAAGAGAAAUGCACCUAUCCACAGGAAUUUAAAAAACUGUAAAUAGUCAAAGUACAGUUUAAAAAUAAAUUGAUCUAGUUUUUUUCUUCAUAUAAAUGUAAUUGGCUUCUUCCAAAAUACGUUUCCUAAAGCUAAUAUCAGGAUAAUUUUAAUAAGAUUGGUCGUCCUGUCAUC